UAACUCUCGACCUUCAACGACCUCGCUAAAUUAUUUAUCAGGGGAGCGUGAUGGUUUAUUAGUCUCCGAUCACGUUAUAGAACUCUCGGUUUUACCACCAAACUGGGUGGAUAUAGUUGAAGAGGUUGACGAUGAUAUUAGUCAAAUAAAGAGUCUUAUUCCAACCUUGGAGUCUUUACAUAGAAAACAUGCACUGCCAGGAUUUGACGAUCGGACAGAGGAAGAGAGAGAGAUAGAACGUUUAUCAUCGGAAAUAACAAAACUUUUUAAACAAUGUCAACAAAAAAUUAGACGAAUCGCUGAUGAAAGUCGAAUAGCAGCUUCAAAUCAAGAAGAAACCAUGAGCAAAAAUAUACAAAUUUCAUUAGCAACAAAAUUACAAGAUUUAUCAACAAAUUUUAGGAAACAACAAUCAGCUUAUAUGAAAAAACUCAAAGGAGUGAAGGUUCGAAGUACGGGAUUUUUCCCAAUAGAGAAUGAUGAAUCAGAUGAAGAACAGGGCUUUGGUUUUACAAAUGAACAACUUGCAUUAGUAGAAUCAUCAGAAGCAACAAUUUCACAACGAGAACAUGAAAUAAAUGAAAUUGCAAAAUCAAUACAAACAAUAGCAGAAAUAUUUAAUGAGCUUCAAGCGCUUGUAAUCGAUCAAGGUACAUUAUUAGAUCGUAUUGAUUAUAAUGUUGAACAAAUGGUAACUAAUGUUAAGGGAGCUACUAGAGAGUUAGAUCGGCCAAUAUGGUGGGUUCCAAUGUAUUUUAAAAUAACUAAUACAGAAAUAACUAAUACAGAAAUAACUAAUACAGAAAUAACUAAUACAGAAAUAACUAAUACGGAAAUAACUAAUACAGAAAUAACUAAUACAGAAAUAACUAAUACAAUGAUGAAUACAAUUACAUGGAAUUGUUACAAAAAUGGAAUGGACAUUGUUUCCGAAGAUAUAAUAAUGCCACAAGACAUUGACUCCCAUGAACUUACCCAUUUUGAUCCUGGUG